GUGGAUUCCGACGCGGAGAGGGCGGGGAAGGAUAAGGCGACGAAGGGAUCGAAAAUGGUGACGAGCGUGGCGGAGGAGGAGGAGGAUGGAUUGGAGCACGUGUACGAGAAAUCGCGGUGGUUUGAGAUUCGGGACGUGGUUCGCCCGACGCAGGUGGCGCUGGGGUGGGAUUGGACGUUUUAUAAGCUCGCGAAUUUUAAAGACGCCGACAGCGCCAAGGCGUACAUGGCUCGGAAACCGAUUCCGUACGUUAAAUACCGAGGGUUGCGGUACGUGGUGGAUCAUCAUCACACGCUCGCCGCGCUGAACCUGGCGGGUUGGGACAUCGACGUUUACAUGGAAGAGAUUUUUGAGUACGACGACGACAUCGGGGACGACAGGUUUUGGGGUAACAUGGAGGGUAAAGGUUGGAGCUUCUGUUGGGAUUCGGAUUACUCUCGCUUGUCGCACGAAUCUAUCCCGAAAUCGUUUGAACUGCAGGCGUUUAGAAACGACAUCUUUCGCUCGCUCGGGGGGUUCUGCCGGAAAGCCAAGCUCCUCAAGCGCGGCAAGAUGCUCGAAGAAAAAUUAUUUUUCGAGUUCCAGUGGGGAUACUUUUUCUGGCUCCAUAGAAACGACGCUUACGCGCUCUGGCCGUCGUCACAACUGCAACGCGGUUUUGACCGUCUGCUCGCUAUGAUUGAGCAAACGGACGACAGCGAAUACAUCGGCGAGGGACAUCUUGAGGCGAGUCGUGACGUCGCAGACAUGAUCUUUCUCUCGGACAAAGUUUUGCAACCGCUUUACGAAGUGCUCGUUGAGUACGUCGCGCCCCUGGCGUACGCGUACGCCACCUUGCCCGACGACGCGCGCGUCGUCCACGGUUUGAGAAAGAGAUUCGGCCGCGAGACUCUUCCCGGUUCCGUCAUCACCGGCCAGUUUGACUUCUUAACCGAGCGUCAAAAUUUCACCAUGCCCGAGGAUGGGAAGAAGGACAAGUCUAAGGAUGGAAAAUCGAGCUCGAGCUCGAAGAAGAAGGACUAA